GCUGUCAUUCGUUGUCAGCAGGGACCAGAACGCCCAUUCUUGUGAUUGGCCAAGACUCCACUCACUCAUUCAGUUCUGCACUUGCCCUUUGUUGACAAGGCAGCAGCAGUGUUGUAGAGAGAGGAAACACCAGUGUGUGUGUGUGUUCCAUAGGAAUCAAGUGCAGUCGUGUCAGAAGCUGAUACAUUGUUUUUAUUGAAGAAGCUGAUAUAUUUUAUUAAAUGUAGUGCAGUGAUCACUACAUCAGUGUGAGUGGCAUAAAACACUCAAGGAACGGAGACUGGCACGCCAUGGGUUUCAUCCCUGAAGGGGAUUAAUGGUUUGGACUGUCUGUUUUUCCAUCAACAGCAGCUGCACGUACACGUAUGCCUAUGCCUUUUGACAUUUAAAUCUAUUUAUGGCAGCUGUCCGCAGCUACUUUCAUGCUAUAAAUGAAAAUGGUAACAGGAUUACAUGGAGCAACGGUGCCUUUAGCCUGGGAGUUGUGACCCAUGAUGCUUUGCAGCGGCCAUGCCAAUCCAGUACCUGCGAGGAUGGACAGGAGGAGCCAACCCUUCUAUUUACUCCCAUCACAUCAAAUUUCACCAGUGACAUCAAGAGAAAUAGUGUCAGGGUGACUGUAGCCAACGGAGACGGCCAGGGGAGCAGUAUUAAAGCUGCCGAUAGAGCAGCCUCUGUAUUCAUCUUGGAACAGGCAUUGUAAAGGCAAUGGGGAGAGGAGGUGCCAUUCCAGCUUAUAAAUAGGAACGAGCCAAUGGGAUAAUGUCUCAUCUCUAGGAGGAUUUCCAGCGUUUGCCUCGCCACGUUUUACAACGAGAAAGACCAUGAAAACAACACAGUUAUGAUCCGAAGAAAACCCUGUUCUGUCAGAUUCGGCCCCGGUGAACCAACGAAAGAGGAUCAGUUGGAGAAUUCCGCCAGUCACAAUCACAGCCAUAACAAAAUGCUAUUUCAGGACACAAAGGAAUUCAAACUCAAACCUGCCGUAAAGGAAAUGAAGCAUUUAGACAAAUCUCAACCAAGAGUCCAGAAGCAGAAAAAGCAGUUGCAAGCUGGUGAUUUUCCUGCCGACAGAGGACCUCAAAGAGACCUAAGCUUAAACUGUGACUUCCAGGAUUCCCCCAAUGCGAGAGAGAGCGAGACAGACCGAGCUGGUUAUAUGAAUGGGUUGCACGGGUCACUCUGGAUUCCAACAGCCAAAGCCGACAAUACCGGCGCCAAAUCACCUCGGCAUGAAAAUGAAGCCUUAGAGAAAUUCUUCUUGGACUUUAAAUCCUCGAGACUCAUCAGCGACGAUGAAGACAGCGCGAGCGACCUCUCUGAUUCUGAAAGGAUUCCCAUGCCCCCAUCCCCAUUUACACCCCCGGGGCUAAUUCUUAGGGCCGAGGCGAUAGAACCUGGGUGUUUCAGCGACACAAACCCAGAAUGCGGUAAGUUCCAGUACCCAGACUUCCUCCCUCCGCCUUUCAACUCAUGGAACUUGCCAAAGCUUGCAACUCUUAUAAACACCGAGGAGAAACAUACACUGAGAUCGGCACCAUCGGGCCCCCUGGAGAGAUACGUGGAUCGGCUUCUCCAGUUAGAAUGGCUUCAGAUACAAACAGUUGAGGCUGAAAAGUCAAAGGCGGCUAAGGCAAGGCUUGGUAUCCCUCACAAUGGCAAAACCCCAAAGAGUAAAUCAUUGCAAACGUCAACAUCCGGCAAACAGAUAACAAAUAUCUCUAAGGUAAGUGUUGGGCAAGAAAACCAGCUGUACAGAAAGACUUUUCAUACGGAGGAGCGGGCUUUGAAACGGGCGAGAAAACUAACGACUAAGGUUUCCGAUGAAACAGCAGGUCGUGUUUCCGCUCAGAAACAGACUCCGGAAGGGAAAUGUGUCACUAAGAGAAGGGCGGCAGUCAGUAACACAAAGCCAUCGGAGUGUACCCCUAAGAUUCAGAGUAGUGCAAACAUCAGAACCCAAAAGCAAGUUCUGCUCAUCCACGGUCAGCAAGGCACAGAAAAACCUAAAAACUCCGUUAUUCACGGCAACCAAAAAAUGAACGGGACCUCGGCCAAUAGCCACGUGGCUAUCAAACAGCCGGCUGCUGAGCGGGCAUUGCAUUCAGGAAAAGUAUCUUCAUGUAAAGUGAAAUAAACGUCGUCUCUAACCCUGCAUGGAAGAACGUGUGUGAGAUGCCAAAUAUAUUCUUAUUAUAAACAGUCUGUGCUAAGCUUCUUGGUCAACGAAGGAAUAAAAUAUAUAUUUUUAUACAA